AUGUUCGCAUCUGCCGUCAUCUCCAUCGCCCUCGCCGCCGGCGCCCUCGCCGUCCCCGCCGCCCUCUCGGCGCGCCAGGACCCCUGCAACGCACUCGGCGCAGGCUCCUCCAGCUCGCUCACAUACAACUUCCAGCUGGAAGUCGUCGACCCCUCUGCGCAGGACAGCGCCACGGGCGCCGUGCUCGCGCUUGUGGACAGCGAGUCGGACGGCCUCUGGUGGCUCAAGGAGAUCCACCAGAACGCCACGGGCGACUUCAACGGCUGGCAGCUCAACGGCGGCGCGCUCAUCCCGCAGCUGAGCUCGACGACCCAGGGCCUGGUCGGCAGCGACAUGCCCGUCGGCGCGGGCUCCAUCGUCGAGUUCGCGGUGACCAACAACGGCUCCGCGAACGCGGGUGCGGGCCAGACGCCCUACUGCGCUGUGUCCGACGCUGAUGGCGACGCCACCAUCGCGGUCAACGGCGACGCGAACUCGUUCUCGGUCUGCCAGACCCCGAGCCUCGCCUGGGUCCUGGUGUACAGCGCGUCGGGCGACAACGACGGCGCGUACGCGUACGACAGCUGCACUGCGCAGAAGGUGCAUGCCGUCCGGGCCUAA